AUGGCUGAAGACAAGGUACUUCGAGUUGCUCUUUGCCAAAUGAAGGUCGGUUCCCACAAACAAACCAACCACAAGACCGCUGUCGGUCUUAUCGAAGAGGCUAUUAAGGAGCACGGAGCCGAGUUGGUUAUUCUUCCCGAGUGUUUCAACUCUCCCUACGGCACGCAGUACUUUCCAGAAUAUGCCGAGAAGAUUCCUGAGGGGAGAACCUGCGAGUUAAUGGGCGCUACUGCCAAACGCCACGGAAUUUGGCUAAUCGCUGGUUCCAUCCCUGAAAAGGCAGCUGAUGGAAAGCUCUACAACACCUCCGUGACUUUCAAUCCCCAAGGCGAGAUUGUUGGUACCUACCGCAAACUUCACCUCUUUGAUAUCAACAUUCCGGGCAAAAUUACUUUCAAGGAGUCUGAGACUCUCUCUCCGGGGUCGAACUUUUUGGCUUUCCAGGUGACGAAUAAGGCCGGAGAUCCGUUCACUGUGGGCAUUGGCAUCUGCUACGACGUUCGUUUCUCCGAAUUGGCAUUAGUGUACUCCCGGCAAAUGAACGCAGAUCUUAUCGUCUAUCCGGGGGCUUUUAACACCACUACGGGACCCCUUCAUUGGGAGUUGUUGGCGCGUGGUCGUGCCUUGGACAAUCAGUGCUACGUGGCCAUGUGUUCGCCAGCUCAGGACUUGGGUGCCUCCUACGUGAGUCACGCCGAAUCCCUCGUCGUUUCGCCUUGGGCAGCGGUUCUGGCGAAUGCCGGCAAAAAUGUGAGUUUGCUGUGUGAUUGGCUGAGUCCAAUGUCAAAUUCUCGGUCGGAAUUCUAA